AUUUGUAUGAUAUCGAUGCAUGUACGUAUAAUGUGUUAGUUAACCCUUUCCUCUUCUUCCAAGCGACAGAGAGAACAUGGGUUUUCCGCAAAGGUUAAGGUUAGUGUUCAUGCUGUUGUUGAUGUGGUGUGUAAAUGUAAGAGGUUUGCAGCAUAAUUAUGGAGAGGCCUUGUCAAAGAGCAUAUUAUUCUUUGAAGGGCAGAGAUCAGGGAAGCUCCCACCAACACAGAGGAUGACUUGGAGGAAGGAUUCUGCACUUCAUGAUCUCUAUCUUCUCCCUCCACAUGCUACUACAAUAUUUCCUUUCCCUCAAAAAGUUGACUUGGUUGGGGGAUACUACGAUGCUGGUGACAACGUGAAAUUCAACUUUCCAAUGGCAUUUUCAACGACGAUGCUGGCGUGGAGUGUAAUAGAGUUCGGAAAAUUCAUGGGUCCAGAUCUUAAACACGCGCUGGACGCUAUUCGUUGGGGUACGGAGUAUUUUCUGAAAGCCACAAGCAUCCCUGGAAUAGUGUUUGCACAAGUUGGUGACCCUUAUGCUGAUCAUAACUGCUGGGAGAGACCUGAAGACAUGGACACCCUCAGAACAGCCUACGCCGUUAGCAGGGACCACCCUGGCUCUGAAGUCUCUGCAGAGAUUGCAGCAGCACUUGCAGCUUCUUCUAUUGUCUUCAGGAAAUAUCACAUUGGUUAUUCUGCAAGGCUUCUGCAAAGGGCCAUAAUGGUUUUCGACUUUGCCGAUAAAUACAGAGGAUCAUACAACGACAGCCUCGGACCGUGGGUGUGUCCAUUCUAUUGUGAUUUUGGUGGCUACCAGGACGAAUUGGUGUGGGGAGCAGCAUGGUUGUUGAAGGCUACUAAGCGCCCUUAUUACUUUGAUUACAUUGAUCAAAACAUUCAUAAUCUGAAAAGCUUCGCUGAAUUUGGAUGGGACACAAAGGACGCUGGCAUCAACGUGCUCCUUUCAAAGCUUCUAAUCAAUAGCAGCUCAAAUUCUAACCCUUUCACAUUCAAUGCGGACAAGUUUGUCUGUAGUGUGCUGCCUGAAUCACCUUCGGUAUCAGUCAAAUACUCUCCAGGUGGGCUUCUGUUCAAGCCUGGGGGAAGUAACUUACAGCAUACAACAGCAAUCUCAUUCCUGUUUCUGGUUUAUGCUGGCUAUUUGAAGAAGACAAAUAAAGAGAUUGACUGUGGUGGUAACGUUUUUGCUUCUCGAACCCGACUUAGACAAAUAGCAAGAGGCCAGGUGGAUUACAUACUAGGAAGCAAUCCACUGAAUAUGUCAUACAUGGUAGGAUAUGGAGCGAAAUACCCUGAAAAAAUACAUCAUCGUGCGUCGUCGUUGCCAUCAGUGGAUGAUUAUCCUCCUCGUAUUGGUUGCAAAGAAGGAUCUUUUUACUUUGAAAGCCAAAAUCCAAACCCCAAUUUGCUCUCAGGAGCUGUCGUGGGAGGACCUUAUCCUAACGAUUCGUACGCAGAUUCUCGAACAGAUUUUGUACACUCUGAACCGACAACAUACGUAAAUGCACCCCUUGUCGGUGUUUUGGCUUACUUCAAUGCACAUUCAUUCUAAACUUUUCAAACUCUCCUAAUUUAUUUCUAACUUUUAUUAUUAUUUAUUACUAUUUGUCUUUAUUACUCUAUGAUUGGAA